AUGGAGGAAGGAGGCGAUGGCGGCGACGCCAUGGCCAGCGGCAAGGGAUUGAAGACUGGAUGCGGCCUCUUCGCCCAGCAAUUCAAGGCGCUCAUGCUCAAGAAUCUCAAGGUCUCGAUGCGCAACAAGAGGGCUUUCUUCCUCCAGGUGGCCUCCUCUUUCGGCUUCAUCUUCUUGCUCUUCGUCGUCGAUCAGGCAGCUAUGGCGAGCCGCCGCAGCGAUGCCUACUACAGGGACGUGGUCGCAGCGAACCCUAAGCUUGUGGCUGCUAUCCCGGCUUGCGAGAGCAGCGCCUUCAUCCGGCCGCCGUGCUACGAUUUCUUGUGGAGCGACAGUAGUAAUCCGGAUUUCGCAGCCAUCGUGGAGAAGAUCAUGGCAAACAAUCCAGGACGACCGAUCCCUUCGCACAAGGUGAGAGGCUUUGGAUCAUCCAGCGAAGUGGAUUCGUGGUUGCUAUCAAACCCAAUGGCGUGCAGUGGGGCAUUGCAUCUCGAGCAAAGCUCCGCAGGUGUGAUCUCCUAUGGCUUGCAAUUUAACUCCACUCCCAGCGGUGUUUUGUUGCGUGGGAAGCAUGAGAACGCACCCUUUAACUUCCAGCUGCCUUUGCAAGCGGCUGUGGAGAGGGAGAUUACUCGCUUUCUAACUGGCAAGGAUAUCGAGUGGAAUGUAUGGUUUUCCGAGUAUCCCCACCCCGAUCUUGGAAGGUUUUCCAGUGUUGGAAGCUUUGGUCCUACUUUUUUAUUCGCCUCUACUAUGUUUUCAGUGGUGAUUCUCAUCAGCAAAAUUGUUUACGAGAAAGAACUUAAGCUCAGGCAGGCCAUGUCGACGAUGGGCCUGUUUGAUUCCGUUUACUGGUUAACUUGGCUUACUUGGGAGGUUAUGCUGGCUUUGAGCUCUUCGGCCUUUCUAAUUAUUUCAGGGAUGAUUUUCCGGCUGAACUUUUUCUUGAAUAAUAGUUUGCUCAUACUGUUUCUUAUAUUUUUCUUGUUUCAGUUCAACAUGAUUGGAUUCGCAUUUCUGUUCUCGACUUUUGUUACUAAGCUAGAAACUUCAAACUCCAUGGGCUUUUGUAUUUUUAUUUUCGGGAGCUUGACUCAGCUGGUGACAACGAUGGGCUUCCCUUACGACCCCCGUUAUCCCUCUUAUAUCAAAACGCUGUGGUCAUUCUUUCCUCCAAACGUAUUUGCCAUUGGACUCAUGUAUCUUGGAGAGGGAACUGCAACUAAAAGAGACCGAGGUCUUCUUUGGAAAGAUGUUUCAUCAUGUCCUCCAUUUCACGUGGACUGUAAUAUUGUGAUGGCGGAGGUUUUCGUGUGGCUCUUUGGAACAUUUUUUAUCUGGUUCUUUCUCGCAAUUUACUUCGACAACGUGUUGCCUGACGCAAAUGGCCUUCGAAAGUCCUUAUAUUACUUUGUGCGGCCAUCCUACUGGGCUGGGAGAUCUCGCUGCAAAAGAGCUGAAAGAGAUGGAACCGUGGAUCCGAACGUGGCUGUACAGCUGAGAAACCUCACGAAAGUAUUUCCUGGUGUAAGAUCAAGAGGACACUGGAAGAAAUCACCUCCUUUUCAUGCACUCCAAGGGGUAAGCUUGGACAUCGAGAAGGAGAAAGUGUUUUGUUUGCUUGGUCAUAAUGGAGCUGGCAAGACGACAAUCAUCAACAUCCUCACGGGCAUUCUUCCUCUAACUUCAGGGGAUGCUCUGGUCUAUGGAAUGUCAGUUACGAACGGUAUGGCUCAAAUUCGACAUAGCAUGGGAGUUUGUCCACAGUUUAAUAUUCUCUGGGACGCGCUUACUGCGAUUGAGCAUCUACAAAUUUUUGCCAGCAUCAAAGGAAUGCAGCCAUCAAGAAGAAAAACGGAGUGUAAACGACUCUUGCUCAGUUCUGAUCUGUUGGAAUCAUCUCGGGGGAGGGUCAGCGCCUACAGUGAAGGGAUGAAAAGGCGGCUGAGCGUAGCAAUAGCUCUUAUUGGUGACCCGAAAAUAGUCUUCCUCGACGAACCAACAACAGGCAUGGAUCCAAUUUCACGGAGGAAGGUAUGGGAGAUCAUUGAGAAGUUAAAAACAGAUCGAGCGAUUGUCUUAACUACUCAUUCCAUGGAAGAAGCAGACAACUUGGGUGAUAGUAUUGCCAUCGUAGCAAAUGGCACACUUCGGUGUGUCGGUUCCUCGAUUCAGCUGAAACAGCAGUUUGGAGAAGGCUACAUCGUCACUUGCAGCGUUAAAAGCACGGAUAACAAAGCCGCGGUCAAGGAUUUCUUUAAGCUUUACAUGGACGUUGUAGCGAAGGAAGAGACCAGGUCUUACAUGUCGUUCAUUCUUCCGCGCCGAGAUGAAAAUCUACUUGCGGUUUUCUUUGAGUUGCUUCAGAAGAAGCAAGAAGAGCUUGGCAUUUUAGACAUCCAACUCAGCCUCUCAACAUUGGAGGAAGUUUUCUUAAACAUACUGGAAGGAACAGGACAAUCAUGCAAUUCAGAGCUUAAAGACUAACCCAAGGGUAUUCCUCUAUGUUUAAUUUUCUAGGGCCCCUCUUUGCAGCCUUGCAUUCACCUUCUUCUCCAGUAUUCAUAGAAAUUGAUUUAAUCCAGGCAUUCUCCUG